AUGGAGUCGGGCGAUCAAGGUCCCAAGGGCGAACUCGGUUUAAUGGGAUCAGAAGGAGAAAAGGGUGGUGUUGGUGACGUUGCUGAAUGCAAUGAAGCCGGUUUAAUCGGAGAUCCUGGACCUGAUGGAGCAAUGGGAACAAUUGGCAGUCCAGGUGAUGAUGGAGAACAAGGAGAAGAUGGUGAUGUUGGACCGGAAGGAGAACCGGGUCCUGAUGGAGAACAUGGUGAGAUUGGCGAUAUAGGAAUAGAAGGUAUUCGUGGUAUUACUGGAGAAAAAGGUGAAUCAGGUAGUAUGGGUGAUAUGGGUGAAAAGGGUUCUCCUGGUCCAGGGGGUGAAACUGGAGAUAUUGGCCCACAAGGCGCACAGGGUGCGGAUGGUUCUCAGGGUCCAACUGGUGAUCCUGGACCGAGUGGAGAGUUUGUGGAAGGUGAACGAGGAGAUACUGGGCCAGAUGGAACUCAGGGAGAACAAGGUGAGAAGGGUGAACCCGGUCCACCUGGAGAAGUUGGUGAAACAGGUCCUACCGCUGAAACUCUACCCGGUAUCAAAGGGGAGCCUGGACAACCCGGUGAAGAUGGUCAGUUAGGUGAACCUGGGUUAGAUGGUAACGAUGGAGAACCUGGGCUAAAAGGUGAUGAAGGUUUAAUGGGGGAGCCUGGGUCAAAGGGUUCACGUGGUCCACGCGGUAAAGUCGGGAAUGUUGGUGCAGAGGGUAGUAGAGGAGCCAAAGGAAACGUUGGUUCUGAGGGUGAGCUGGGUCCAGAUGGUGAAAAAGGGGACAGGGGGGAAGCAGGUGAUAUUGGUCCUCCCGGUAAUACGACUGCUGGACUCAAAGGGAGGGAGGGACUGGAAGGACCUCAAGGAGUCGAAGGUCAAGCUGGUGACUCAGGGGAACAAGGAGAAUCAGGUAUACCCGGUGAAGAAGGUGAUCAAGGUGAUGAAGGACCAACUGGUGAGACUGGAGAAAUCGGAACACCUGGUUUAGAAGGUGAUAUAGGACCUGAAGGAAACGAAGGUCCAAUCGGAGAGCAAGGUUCGGAAGGAGAUGUUGGUAUGAUAGGAGUAUACGGACCAGAGGGAGAAAAAGGCGAACCAGGUCUUAGAGGUGAUUCAGGUGAAGCCGCCAAAAACUGUUCCAUUGGGCCGAAAGGUCAACAAGGUCGACUAGGCCCACUGGGGUUACCUGGACCACAGGGACCACCUGGCGAUCAAGGACUACCUGGGCUACGUGGUAAAGAUGGUCCACCAGGGGUUGGAGUAAUUGGAGCACCAGGAGAACUUGGUGAUACUGGACACAUCGGUCUACCUGGAGAAGCAGGGGAUCCGGGAGUGGGAGGUGUGCAAGGUCUUCCUGGUUACGAUGGAGAAAAAGGUAUACAGGGAUCACAAGGUUCAUCAGGAAUAGAUGGAAUUGAUGGUAUUAUGGGACCAAAAGGGUUUUCUGGAGAUCAAGGUCCGUCAGGGAAUCGUGGACAAACUGGUGAUCAAGGCGAAAUGGGCGAAGAUGGUAUCCAGGGUCCAAAGGGAGCUCAAGGAGUUGCAACAAGAGGGGAGCUUGGUGAAAUAGGUGAUCCUGGGGAAAAUGGAGCUCUUGGAGAACAAGGAGACCCGGGUCCUGAUGGUGAAGUGGGAGAUGAUGGAGAUAUUGGUGAAAAAGGAGAAAAAGGUCAACCUGGACUAGUAGAAGGUGAGAGAGGUGAUGUAGGUGAUGUAGGGGAGCGUGGAGAUAUUGGAGAAGUUGGACCUCCUGGUCCUCUCGGUGAUGUUGGCCCCAAAGGUAAAAAUGGUGAGAAGGGACAACCAGGUCAAACAAAUUACUCCUCUAUAUUAUUUGCUCGUCAUUACCAGACGCCGUUUGUCGAUGACCUUACAUGUCCAACUGGGACUAAUAAACUGUUCACUGGUUACAGCUACGUUAUGGGAGGAGGUGUGGAUGAUUUAGUCAGUAUGGAUUUAGGUACACCAAGUUCAUGUUUGUCAAAGUUCAGUUCAUUACCAAUGACUCAAUGUGAAAGAGAUACAACUUGUCAAUCAAGUAUGAGGCAUGAACGAUCCUACUGGUUGGCCACAUUGGUACCUCGAUCUGAACAACCGAUUCCAGUAGAUCAAACGGCUGAUCAAAUCGCUAGAUGUGUAGUCUGUGAAGCUCCUGCACAUGUGUUUGCUUUCCACAGUCAAGGUGAAACAUUACAACCAUGUCCGAAUACUUGGACUGAAUUGUGGACAGGUGUUAGUUUAAUACUUCAUACUUCUGGUGCUCAUGGUGGAGGUCAACAAUUAUCUUCACCUGGAAGCUGUAUGGAACAUUUUCGUUAUUCACCAGUUAUUGAAUGUAAUAAUAAUGUAGGAAUGUGCCAUUAUUGGUCAGAUGCAAAAGUUUAUUAUUUAAGGGCUCUUAAUCCAAACAUUACACAAUUUGAGAAACCAGUAGGUUUUGUUAUGAAAGCAGCUGAAGGGCCAGUUUUGAAUAAUGUUAGUAAAUGUCGAGUCUGUAUGAAAAUCCCUGCUUAA